AUGAGCGACUUGUCGGAACUUCCGAGGAAGGAGGCGAGCGUGCUGAAAGGCCACGAAGGAGCAGUCCUAGCAGCAAGAUUCAACGGCGACGGAAAUUAUUGCCUGAGUUGCGGCAAAGACCGUACCAUUCGUCUUUGGAAUCCUCACCGUGGAAUCCACAUCAAAACCUACAAAUCUCACGGUCGUGAAGUUCGUGAUGUCCAUGUCACCUCGGAUAAUUCGAAAUUAGUUUCUUGCGGAGGAGACCGACAAGUUUUCUACUGGGAUGUGGCUACUGGUCGUGUAAUUCGGAAAUUCCGUGGACAUGAUAGUGAGGUGAAUGCUGUGAAAUUUAAUGAGUAUGCGUCGGUUGUAGUAUCGGCAGGGUAUGAUCAAUCCUUGCGUGCUUGGGAUUGCAGAUCUCACAGUACGGAGCCAAUUCAGAUUAUUGAUACAUUUUCGGACAGUGUAAUGUCUGUGUGUUUGACGAAAACUGAAAUCAUUGCUGGAAGUGUUGAUGGUACGGUUAGAACAUUUGACAUUCGUAUUGGUAGAGAAAUAUCCGAUAACUUGGGGCAACCUGUCAACUGUAUCUCCAUGUCAAAUGAUGGUAACUGCAUAUUAGCAAGUUGCUUGGAUUCUACUUUACGCCUUUUGGACAGAUCGGCAGGUGAGCUUUUGCAAGAGUAUAAAGGCCAUACAUGUAAGUCAUACAAGUUGGAUUGCUGCCUAACCAACACUGAUGCCCAUGUUGCCGGUGGGUCAGAGGAUGGCUACAUUUACUUUUGGGAUCUUGUGGAUGCAUCUGUGGUGUCACGUUUUCGUGCGCAUUCCUCAGUGGUAACAAGUGUGAGUUACCAUCCAACUGACAACUGCAUGAUAAGCGCCUCCGUCGAUGGCACAAUUCGGGUUUGGAAGACGUGA